ACAAAUAGUAAAGACUAACAAUAUUAGCAAAAUUCGUAGUACCACAAAAAAAAAAACACACUUUCCUGCUCACAUAUCAUAAGUCACAAGUCACAAGUCACAAGUCACAAGUCACAAAAACAAAACCAGCCAAAAGAAAACAAAAAAACACCCAAUAAGAACUCAUCAUUGUCAUUCCCUCCAAACAAAACAUAAGCAUGUGAACUCGUGAAAUCCAUCCAAAAGACCCGACCUUUAUAUAAACCUCGAAUAACCCAAUAAACAAACCUAGAAGAAUAACAAAAAUUCAUUAAAAAAAAAACAUGAAGAAUGUUGAAAUUCUUCAUUUAUUCUUCAUACUAAUAACUACUCUGUUUUCCUCUGUUUUACACUCAAGUUUUGCUCUUAAGCAUAACCCAAAACAUGGGCAUUCUAUAAAUAGAAAUGGUACUCGUUUAAAGGGAAGGCAUCAAGAAGUAAUGGGUAGUUGUAAUUUAUUCCAAGGAAAAUGGGUAUUUGAUGUUGGAGGCUCCCCUAUUUAUAAUUACUCAACUUGCCCUUUUAUUAAUCCUGAAUUUGAUUGUCUAAGAUAUGGUCGACCUGAUUUACUCUACCUUCAAUACUCAUGGCUUCCUGAUAAUUGUGCUCUUCCUAGAUUUGAUGGGUUAGAAUUUUUGAGGAGAUAUAGAGGAAAAAAAAUAAUGUUUGUGGGUGACUCACUGAGUCUGAACCAAUGGAACUCGUUAACAUGUAUGAUUCACGGGUCGGCACCUCAAAUUACGUACUCCAUGGGAAGGAAUGGAGUAAUCUAUUCUGUCAAUUUUCAGGAAUAUGGGGUAAAUGUGCAACUUUACCAUUCAACCUAUUUGGUAGACGUAGUAAAAGAACCAAUUGGAAGGGUGCUGAAAUUAGGCUCCAUUCAAGGAGGUAAUAUCUGGAAAGAUAUGGAUGUACUCAUUUUCAAUACUUGGCAUUGGUGGCUUCACAAGGGUCCUGAUUCUCAAGGAUGGGACUAUAUACAAGAUGGGCCCAACGUAUACAAGGACAUGGAUCGUUUAGACGCCUUUACAAAAGGCAUGACAACGUGGGCUGGAUGGGUUGAUGCCGCAGUUGAUCCUUCCAUCACAAAAGUGUUCUUCCAAAACAUAUCUCCCACUCAUUAUAAUCCCAACGAAUGGCACGGAGCAUCAAAGAGCUGCACAGGGGAAGCAGAACCACUGUCAGGCUCAACAUAUCCGGGAGGUUCGCCGCCUGCGGCUGAUAUUGUACGAAAAAUAAUCAGUAAUAUGAGCAAACCAGUUUACCUACUCGACAUAACGACACUGUCACAGCUAAGGAAAGAUGCUCAUCCCGAGACUUAUAGUGGCGAUCAUUCAGGCAUAGACUGUAGUCAUUGGUGCCUUCCUGGACUACCUGAUACUUGGAAUCAACUCUUUUAUGCCGCGCUAUUCAUGUGAAUUUCCACCCCAGCCUAUCAACAGUCUUUUUUUCUUUUUUUUUUUGAUUGCAGUUUCAAGUUUAUGAUUAUAAUUAAUUCAUUAAUUUGGUAGAAAAGAAUUGGGAAAAGACCAAAAAAAAGGGAAGAUUCUUUAUGUUACAUUAUAGGUGCAUAGAUUUUUUAAGAAAUUAGUGUUCUUAUUUUGGAUUUGUUGCUCUUGAAGAAGGAGUGAUAGUUGUUCAUAGUGAUGUAACCUGUAUGUUCCAAAGAAGCAAUACAGAAUAUAUUCUAUUUUGAUUCCCACCCAUCUAUAAUACAAGUUUACCGGAC